GGGGUGAAACCAAGGAAAAUAUCAAAAGGAAAAAUCCCCCUUCCCCAUAUCGAAAACGAAAUUUGUGAUGCUGUACUUAUUUGAGUACACAAAUCGACUUGUAAUGCGCAAGACCAAGAGACGCAGCUGUGGCCUCGUUUGCAGGCAAUUUGUCAUGCUGUUUCCCACUUCCAGCUGCCCCCUGUCAUGCUGAAGAUGCAAGGCUUUCCCACGCCAACCAGCACUACAGUCCGAAUCUUUUCCCCUCUAGCGUGACAAAUUUGUGGCCACAAAUCUGCGUCACAAAUUUCUAGUUUGAGUAUGGGGUGGGGGGAUUUUUCAUUUUGAUAGAAAAGAGAGGUGACGCAAAUAGCGUUGCAUGGCGGGAAAACCUGCGAGGAAGUGCAUCAAGACACGACGGACGGAACAACGGCGGGACUGGUGUAUAGUCUCGAGCACAACGCAGUUUGCGAAACAGAUCCUUGUCCGGUCGAUUGCCAAGUUUCCGAGUGGACGGUGACGAAAACCUGUUCCGUGAUUUGUAACGAAAACAUCGACUCAAACGGCGACUCGGGUGGUUUCCUGGUCAAGGAGCGCACAGUCCAGCAAGAGGCGGCAAACGGCGGGCAAGCGUGCCCUAAAUUGUCGGAAACAAUCGAGAACUGCAACAACGACAAGGGCUGUCCGAAAGAAUGUGAAUUAACCGACUGGCAGGACGACGGGAAUGGGUGUUCGGCUGACUGUGUGCCGGUGGAUUUGGAAACGGGAGUGCCCCUGGACAUGACUUUUCAGGGGGAGAGAAGGUAUCCUGUGCAAAAGCAUCGUACUCGUAGUAAUCGUAAUCAUGCAUUACAAAUUUCCAUCCCAAGGUAAAACAGCACGACAAAUUCCAUUUGUCAUGCUGACCGAAUUUGUAAUGCGAUUUCUACUAGUACGAUGCUUUUGCAAUGCAUAGAACGAAAGUUCGCGCGAUCCUGAACGAGGCGAAAUACGGGGGAACGGAAUGUUCUUCGUUCGAACUGGAAAAAACUAUUCCCGGCUGCCAACCGCCGCUGAAUUUUUGCCCCGUGGACUGCGUGCUUGCGGAGUGGGCGAUUGGGUCGGAUGCCUCCUGCUCCGUCGCGUGCGGGGGCAGUGGGGAGAUCACGGAGAAAAGGGAUAUCAAAUGCAAAAAUGUCUGGGUCUGGAAGGUUGGAGCUUGUGAUGCUAACCUUGGACUCUAAAAAAAUCUGUAUUGCAUGACCAGCAGGACAAGUCUCGUUUAUGCUACGCGGGGAGGGCAUUUGUCACGCGGAAUAGGCAUCAGGGAGCCCUCUAAAGAUCUGUGAUGCUAGGUCAUGCAUAAUACAGACAUCCUGGGUCAUGCACAAUAUGCAUGACAAACCCGGCAAUAUUCCAGACCCAGACAUUUUUGCAUUUGAUAAGGGAAAUCCUUCGCCACCCCCGGAACGGCGGAAAUCAAUGUGCGACCCCGCAUAUCCUGUGCAAAAGUAUCGUACUCGUAGUAAUUGCGAUCAUGCAAAACAAAUUUUUAUCUCAAGGUAAAUCCGCAUGACAAAUUUUAUUUCACAUGCUGAGGAAAUUUGUCAUGCAUUUCUACGAGUGCGAUACUUUUGCAGUUCAUACCGCAAACGCGCCCGGCGGCUUGUCCAGCCCAGCACGAGUGUCCGGUGGACUGUGUUUUGUCCGAGUGGAAUUCCUGGGAACCCUGUACGAAAACUU